AUCGACUUCACAUUGAAGAACAAACGGGGCUUCAACAUUCUAAAUCACGCCGCUGUCGAGGGCAACGCUCAUGUAACAGAGAGGCUGGUUAUAUGCGCAUGUCACUUGGUAGAUGAGAGAAUGGAGGACGGAAGUGCAGCGUUGCAUCUAGCGGCGUUGAACGGACACAGAGAAGUCGCAGCCAUCCUCCUCUCGCAGAAUGGCGGCCGCUCCAAAGUCAAUCUGCGCAACAAUCGAGGGCAAACACCGUUGCACUUAGCGACUGAGCAGGGACAUUGGUCACUCGUUGAGCUGCUGGUGCAUUAUAAUGCAAACAUCGGCACCAUGGAUGUGGAUGGUAACACCGUGCUGCAUAUCGCAUGCUGCACAGCCAAGAUGUCAAAUCAACAGAUAGCCGAGCCUACGCUCGAAAGUAGUCAAGAUUCACCAAUUAUAUGUGCU